UGGGCAGAGCUUGCAGUUCAGGGGGCAUUUCCAGCUCUGACUCAGCAUAAAAACAUGUUACACAAUACAUGCAAAGGAAACAUUUGCCCCCGGAUCGUCUCGUGUCCCCUUCGGCUGUCAUGGCUCUCCUGACGGUCUUCACUCCUGUCCUCGCUGUGGUGCUGUGCUUCCUGAUAGGCUUCAUGUUGCUGAGGUCACGGGACAAAGAGACGACCUCCCCGACCUCUCCUGGAAAAACCGAAGGGGCACCAAAAGCGGACUUUAGACCGUGGGUGGACCAGGACCUGCAAGACGACACUGAAAUCAAAGGAAAUGAGGAAGAUGAUGGCGAUUGGGUUGACAGCAACGAGGAGGAAGAGGUUCUACACGUGCCCUACUCGCCACCAGCUUACCCAGAGGGGACGAUGCUGGAGAGAUCCAAGGAUUUUUACACUCUGAUGAACCAGAGGAGGAGUGUUCGAUUCAUCAGUCCAGAGCCGGUCCCGCGAGAAGUCGUCAAUAAUGCCAUCCUCACUGCAGGUACUGCCCCCAGUGGAGCCCACACGGAGCCUUGGACGUUUGUUGUGGUGUCAGACCCGGGGACCAAGCACCAGAUCAGACGCAUUGUGGAAGAAGAGGAGGAGGUCAACUACCGUCAGAGGAUGGGGGACAAGUGGGUCAACGAUUUGUCCAGACUCAGGACGAACUGGAUCAAGGAGUACUUGGACGUUGCGCCGUAUCUAAUCCUCGUCUUCAAACAGGUCUACGGCAUCCUUCCAAAUGGCAAGAAAAAGACGCAUUACUACAACGAAAUCAGUGUCUCCAUAUCGUGUGGCCUCCUGUUGGCUGCAUUGCAAAACGUGGGUCUUGUCACCGUCACGACGACGCCUCUGAACUGCGGCCCCCAGCUCCGGCUCCUCCUCAAACGGCCAGCCAAUGAGAAGCUGUUGAUGUUGCUUCCUGUAGGGUACCCUGCUCGUGACGCCACAGUGCCUGACUUGAAACGAAAGCCUCUGGAUGAUAUCAUAGUGCACAUAUAACUGAGUCAGUCUGUGGAGGAAGUACUGUUUUCAAAAUACGCAAAAUGGGAUUAGAAUCCAUAAAAUCAUAGUUUUAAGUACAAUCUUUGUAAUUAUCUUCAUGUACCGUUUUGGUUACAGAAACAUAUAACCACUUACGUCAAUUCAUGGGAUGUGCUGUCACUGCAAUAAAAUAGCCACUACAAAUGUUAAAUUCAUUGUGUUAAACAAAUUGUUUCCAGCAAUUCUGCCAUAAAAAUCUGUUUUCAGCUGCUUGUUCUGGGAUUGCUUGUAUAAUUUUUCUAAUACUCACAGGACAAAAUCAUCUAAAAAGCCAUUUAUUUACUUACUAAUGCAUUUAAAUAGGAGACACUCAUUUAUAUGAGUUCUGAAUGGGGCACAGUUUGACAUGUUUAUUCAUUUAGUGCAUAUUCAAUAGUGCAUUGCACUGGUGCAUUGGGAUUAAAAAUAAAUAAAUAACAAAUUUGGCAACUCAUAAUGGGAUUCUUG